UCAAGUGAGUGUUUAAGUUGUUAACGGGUUAUAGUUACAUUUUAAUCUUUAUAAUUAAUCCUUGAUAGCAAUAUAAUUAUUUUAGGCACUCUUCAAAUCAGACUCGACAUAUUUUUUUCAAGCCAGUCUAUCAAGUAACAGCAAUUAUCAAAACACCAAUUGUAACAUUCAACCUAUUUAUUAAUGUAAACCUGUAACAUGAUUUUAAAUGUUUCAAUUAUUUCAAUUUUGAUUCUAGUUUUAAUUGUACCAUCAUCGGCCAACGUUUGCAAUUUCAUAGGAUACGCUUGUUCAUUGAACAAUAUCAACUCUUCAUACUUUACCCAAUUAGAUUACCUUCAUGAUUCAGAAAUAGGAGAUUCAUGGCUACUAAAAAAUAACCAAUCUCCAGUUGUUUCCGGGCGAUUGGUCAGUGAUCUACUCAUCCCACCUUAUGGUCCUUCACCACAUUGUUUGAUGAUACGUUAUGCAAUUACUGGAGAAGCUUUGAUUAGUUUAAUAGUUAUAACACAAUCAGAUGACUAUGAAGUCAGAUUUUGUUAUAUAUCGGAGGAUUUUGAUGGUGAUGUCAAGAAAAUUUCUGUUCCUUUUUCAAUGUACUCUCACACUCGUAUAACCAUUGACAUAUCAAUGUCUAGUUAUGUCAAUAGUGCCUUUUAUUUAGAGUCAUUUUGGGUUGUAAGAGAUGAUUGUUAUCCCGGAUUCAAAGAGCGAAUGGAUCCAUGUCCAGAAUACAUAGAGCCAGAAGACAACGGAGGAUUAACUAUAAUUGCAACAGGUCCUCAAGAAUCCAUAGUUGAAAUGAAAUCUUUACACAACAAUGAUACAACUUAUCAAUGGAACGGCAAUGUAACAACUCAAUUAAACAACUCAACUAAUUCCAGCGAUACAGUCAACAGCCAAAUGCCUUCUAAAAUUUAUCCAUCGAUUCCAUUAAUAUCUAAAAAGGAUAAUGUUUCAACAAUCUCAUCAUUGACUUUGGACACCAACAAUUCAAAAAGUGAAACAAGAAGCGAAAACAGAAGUAAAUAUAUAACUACAAAAAAUAAUGUAACGAUUCAGCUAUUGGAGCCGCUGAAUCUAAAUGAAACAAUUGUACAAGACUUUGAUAAAGAAAGGAAAAUUAAGGAAAUUGAAGCAAAUCAGACAAAAAAAGCUAACAGUGAUCGAGUAAAUGUGACGCUAGCCAUCAAUCCAUCAAUUGGAAAUUACUCUGGAAAUGUCACUGGAAUGGACACAGAAACUACCGAUUCAAAUGAUACGUUGUUUAGCAGUUUUUUGCCGUUUAUAACUACUGAAUCAUGGAGAUCAGAAAUGAUGGUUUCCAACUCAUCCAAUGAAACGAGUGAGUUUUUGGAAGGUAAAAUGAGUCCGAGCGAUAACAAAACAAACAUAAUUGACUCGCGUUUGGGGCAGUCAACACUCCCUCCAACUCAGAAACAAAUGCUUACUUUUGCACAAAGCAAUUCUUCAGCAGUCGCGGGUAAUAUUACAGCUGCUUCAACCACAUCUACUGAAUACUCUAAAAAUAUUCUUGAUGGGAUUAAAGAAGCACGCAAUGGAACCAAAGUCUCUGUAAAACCGACACUCAAUGAGACAGCUGGUGUCCUAAGUGAGACUGAAAGUAGUUAUAAUGGUACUAGAAGCACUAUUGUGGUCACAGAAGUGAGUGUAAAUCGCUUUACUCCUCUUUCUGCAACAGAAAUAACGAAACUUGAUUUUGCCAACUCAUCAUCUUCCACACAAGAUACUGGGAAAGCUGUUUAUGCGAAAUCUACUCAGAUUGGAAACUUUGUUAAUGAGUCCAUGAAUUAUAAUUCAAGCAGCAAUAAUCAAUUUACUGAGGUUACAAGUACACCAAUGAUGCAGCUUGGUGCAAAUGUUUCAACCAAAAAAUAUCCAUCUUCUGAGUAUUCCAUUAAUGGAAAUCAAUCGACCAACGAUACAACACAAUCCACUGGGAGCACAAACAAACCAACAUUAUUGACUGAAGGAAUAAGAAAUACCAUCAACUUUACUACCCAAAUGUCAACAAAAGUCACAGUAGAUCCGAAUCAAGAUAAAUCCAAUUUUACAACGGAUAACAAAAGUCGAAACACUACGGAAUUGACGCCAGGAACUCCAACUUCACUCCAACACCAGAAUAAUACUGCAGUUAUGCUUUCUGCUAAAGUUAAUUCAACAAUUUCAAGUGUAAAAUAUACUUUUUCUGAUUAUUCCACUCAUGAAAACCAAUCAACUACAGUUAAUACAACAGAGGUACUAAAUGUUAAAAGCCAGAAUAAUCAUGAAGGUAUAAAUACCACGGAAUUGAUACCAGGAAUUCAAACUCCACUUCAACUCCAGAAUGGUACUAAUGUUACAUUGGUGGUUUCUAAUACAUCGCUUUCAACAGCUUAUUCCGCAAACCAAACAGUUACAGUUACACAAAAAACAUCACUGAUUCCAGGAGUUUUUAACUACACCAACUCCACCACCACAAUAUCAUCAAUACCUGAAUACUCACCUCCUGUCUAUUCCGUGACUAAGCCAUCUAAUACAACGGAUAAGAUAGGCAAAAAUGGUACAGUUUCUGCAUCACCUUUCGAUUCAAAUGAAAUCGUUACAAAUGAUUAUUCCGCAGCUGGUGUCAUAGCAUUGAAUGGUGACAAAAACGAGCAGAAGAAUCCAGAAAGAUUACCAAUGAUUGAUUGAGUGUUUCAUCAUGAGGAAUCAACAGCAAGCAGAAAUCUGUUGAUAAAAUUAAGCCAGUAAACCGGUAGAAUUAAAAUUUUUAUACAAUUUUUUAUCCUUUAAGAGCAUCCAAAUAGUCAAUAUAAAUCAGUUGGAUAUAAGGUAUUCAAAGUAAUUAAAAUCACUAUUUAAAAGUGAAAUAGUAAAGACGGGUAAAUCAUUCAAUUACAGUUUUCAUCACUUGCAAUUCUUAGUCUAAUUGCCUUGCUGAUAAUUGGUAAAUUAGACUGAUACUGUUUCUUAUGUUUAGUUGGUCAAAUGAUUUUGUUUUCAUAAGAUUUCCAAUCAAUAAAGAUUUGCAAAUGUAAUGUAAAACAUAUGAUUAAAGUAUUUUUGUGGUUGU